CUCUGGUGUGUGUGUGUGUCUGUGUGUGUGUUUGUGUGUGUGUGUGUGAGAGUGAGUGAGUGCGUGAGCUGCUUCCCAUUCGCCAACCAGAAGCCCCCCCUGUGUGAAGAAAGUAUCACCAGGGAAACUUGGUCUUGCUGCCUCUGUGCAUGUUUUCCUCCUCACCGGGGUUAUUUUUAAUAGCGUUUAGCUUCCUGCUCAGACUAAAGACAACGGGCAUCGGCAUCCACGCUUCUUGUUGUUUUCAGGAUUUACCACUUCCCGAAAUCAAGAAAAAGCACCAGCAAUGUUCUCCUCUUCUCCUUUCCCACAGUUACACUGCAAGCUCUUUGCAAGAAUGGGGGACGACCGACCUUUUGUGUGCAGCGCUCCCGGCUGUGGACAGAGGUUUACCAAUGAGGACCACUUGGCUGUACACAAACACAAGCAUGAGAUGACACUGAAAUUUGGACCGGCCAGGACUGACUCUGUUAUUAUUGCAGACCAGACACCUACUCCCACCCGCUUCCUUAAGAACUGCGAGGAGGUCGGUCUGUUCAAUGAGCUGGCAAACUCCUUCGACCAGGAUGACGAGGACAAGAAAGCAAAGAACGCACUCCCUGCUCCCAACUCUGGGGCCGUGGACAUGAGCAUGCAGACGGCAUCGGACGUGAAGGUGAAGGAAGAGGAACCCGUAGAGGUUGACUCCUCGCCACCAAGCAGCCCCGACUCUUACUCCGGCGAUUCGGAGAACUACUACGAGCCUCUGGUUAGAGGGAAGGACACGCCACCCAGAAUAUCAGGCCCCACCCCGACUAUCGUGCGUCCAGGUUCCCUCCCACUACACUUGGGCUUUGAUGCGCUUCAGCCCACCAUGCCGUCACCCACCUCUGUCAUCACACAGGCACCACCUUCCAAUCGAACUCUGGGUUCUCCAACCAGCCACUACCCCAUGAUGAUGCUUCCGUCUGGUCAGGCAGUGCCAGUGCUACCUGGUCCGAUACAGAUUCCCUCUGUCAUCAAUCUGGCGAGAACCAUGAGCAUGGUACCCAACAUUCCUGGAAUCCCCGGUCCUCCUCUGGGAGGCGGCAGCAGCAGCGGCUCUAACUCCCCUUCUGGCUACAGCAUCCACUCAGAGGCCAAGAUGCGUUUGAAAGCUGCCCUGUCCCAGCAGAGCCCGUCAGGAUACAGCAUGGGGAUGAUGGCCAUGGGCGGCAGCCCCAUGGUACCUCAGAGGGCAGAGCAGAGCCAGCUGCUGGUCCAACAUCCUGAUGCUCCGUCACCGGCUCAACCUCAGGUAUCUCCAGCACAGCCGACAGGUGGGCGGCGGCGACGGACUGCAGAAGAUGACCCAGAUGAACGGAGGCAGCGGUUCCUCGAGAGGAAUCGGGCCGCCGCAUCGCGCUGCAGACAGAAACGCAAACAGUGGGUCAGCUCUCUGGAGAGGAAGGCCGAGGAGCUCUGCACCCUGAACGUCUCGCUGUCGAAUGAGGUGUCUCUGUUGCGGAACGAAGUGGCUCAUUUAAAGCAGCUGCUGCUAGCCCACAAGGACUGUCCUGUGACCACCCUACAGAAGAGGACUGCCUACCUAGCCGUAGAAGAGAGCAUGAAAGACAGCUCAGAGCCCACAGGGUCCCCUGCCCCGGUGAUCCAGCACAGCUCCUUGGCACACAGCCCCUCUGCAGGGCACAACGGCCUGAGCUCAAGGGCAGCAGCUGAGGCCAUGGCUAUGUCCGUGCUGGCAGGAAUGGGCCAGCAGCAGAGGGCUGAGAGUGGACCCUCUCACAUUAUCAUGGCUGCACAGUCUCAAUCUGCUGCUAGAUGAUGAGCGAUGCCACCACCGCCCAGACUUGGCACAAAAACCAUCACCCAGGGAUAAAAAAGAGAAGCGGACCCCCACACCCACCUCACAACUUGGCUUCAGUAGAGAAGUCCAAAUGUCUUGUCUUCCCCUUCGCCCUUUCGCUGUGCUCCUCUGCUCUCUCUGACCCUCUUGUGGAGCAUUCAAGCCGUGGCCUGAAGCUCAGCAGCAGCCUUCUGAGAAUGGACUGAGACUUUUGAGAGAGCUUCAUGUUCACGUUGCCAUAGACUACAGGGGCUGGACUCCAACUUCACAUCCACCGUGCCCCCCCCCCCCCCCCCCACCUCCAGUCAAAUUGACUCUACUUCGGACUGUAGGACGGCAUCACUCUGAGUGUAUGCAGCCAUGAACUUCCCAGCUUCUCACAAACUAGGUGUUGCAUAACCAUUCUCGAUCAAAUCAAGAGACCAAACAACACGCACAGACUUCACAGUGUUUUCAGCAGGGAAUUGUGCCUUGUGCUCCUCGACUUGUUAGCCAUGCACACACCCACACACGGCAUCCCACCAUACGUCCCUGUACAUCCUCGGCUCUAAAGAUGCAGUAGUUGUCUGGACGUCAGUGGACUUGAAUACUCACUCAAACCUCUUUUAAAUGGUUCCACCAAAAGGUGAUCUCCACACGGACCCAAAUACCUUACCUCAAUUUCUCCCCAUUAGUAUAAAAUUAAUAAACGGUGUGUGUAAUAAGCUCUGUCAUAUAUAUAUAUAUAUAUAUAUGUACAUCCCAACAUAGUGGUUUGCCUACUCCUGAACUGAUUCGUUAAUAGCUGGAUUGUUAGCAUGUGACUAUUAGGGUGUUAUGUUCUUGAUACAGCCAUGUGCAGCUAUAUACUUUUUUGUAAGAGAUUGGCACAUUGUCCCAGAUUAGUCCACAAAGCCAGAACCUGAUUGGAUUGAUGUUGUACUAUAGCAACAGUUUUGUUCUCAACCUCUCCCCUCCUUUUUACUUUAGACUAAAACAGACGGUUUUACUGUUUAUUGGUUUGUGAGUGGACGCCUUUUCCAUUUAAUAUGAAACUAUUGCAGUGACUGUUUCUCCGUGUGGGCCCCGGACUUAC